UGGAGUUUUUUCGUUUGCAUAGUACAUUUUCCUCUUUUCUGCACAUCUCCAAACGUUGCCCUAGGAUUUCUUUUCUACUUUAGCUAUCUUGUAUUCCCACGUUGACAAAACAUUUCAAUGAUUAUAAAAUGCCUUUUUGGGGGAUUGUAGAAGCCUUUGGGAAUUUAAUAUCUUCUUAAAGAAAAUAACACUGAACUGCUAAGGAAGCAGAAGUUUAAAACUGACUGAAAAUUUUUUUCACAAGUCUCUGGAAAUUUUCUUUAAAAAUAUGAUAACAGCAAGACAUCUAAUACUUUUUCAUAAAUUUCUGGAAAUUUUACUAUAAAAUAUAAACCCAGCAAGGCUUCAGAAACAUCAUUCCAAGCCAGGCAAAGUUCCUUAUACAGUUUCUCCUUUUUUUCCCCUCCUUUUUAUAUGUCUCAAUAAAAAGUAACCUUUGCACCAAGAAACAGCACUUUCAAACAUCCUGAGCACAUCUGUGCAUUUAUAGAAAGAUAGAACAGGAAGAUAACUUGUGCAUCACUAAAACCUGGUGGUAUCAGAACUGUGGAUAAAUUGAAAAAUGAAAAAAAAUUCCUGAGAGUGAUUCCAAAUCAAAUACUAAAAAUUCAGAAAUAGGAUUUCCAAUUGGAGUUAUGCCAAAUUUAGCCAUAUUGGAUACAUUCAUUACCAAAAGUGUAGCUGAUACAGCCACCAACUGGAAAGUGAUUUUCAGCACAAUUUUGAUCCAGGGUUUCACUUACAAAUUUGCAAAUCAUUUGCAUUUAUCAUGGGCCAGCAUUGUGGUUUGUAUCGUACUUUCUUAGAAAUAUCACCCUAUCCUGUCUGCCUUUCUCUCUCCCUAUCUCUCUAUUGCAUAGCUGUCCGCCUCCCAAAUUCAUUACCAAGGGGAAGACCGUAUGUCAAGUGAUAUAUUUCUGGUUCAUUUAGUAUUUUUUCAUAUGCCCUCUUUAUGCCCAUUUUUCUUUAGCGAUUGUUUUAAUUAAAGUUUAUGUUCCUCUUCUAUUACUACUUAUUUUCCCUAAAUUAUGUGAAGAAUAUAAUUUUCAAUUUUAAAUGGGAAGUAUAUCAUGAGAAAUAAAAUGGAUUUUUCUCAAAAGCAUAUAUCGAGUAAGAAAAACAGAGGAAAACACCCAAACCUCUGAAAACUUAGAUGGGGGGAGUGGGGGCGAGAACAAAGAAUACAUUGUUACUUGUUCUCAAACAAGUCACUUUGUGAACAAUUAUGAAACGAAGGCUUAGAGGCUGCCAUUUGGAAACUCACUCAAAGCAAGUUGUAGUUAUAACUCUGAACUCUGAGCUUAGUUUCUUACCAUUGAACGUUUUGGAGGGCAUCUCACUUAUCCUCAUUUUAUUUCCCUUAGAUAUAGAAAAAGUCUUUGAAAAGAAUCUUAGAACAGACCAACUGAUAGGAAAUCAAAGAUUUUAAUCUGUUAACCUUUCUGAAAUGCAAAAACAAUGUUGGUGAAAAGCAAAAAGUAGAGGUCUUAAGACAUUUAGACUUUGCUUCUAAUGAUCUGUCCCAUUACUUACAAAGUGUCAGAAAUACAGGUAAGAAUACCCACACCUUGCUGGGAUGGUCUGAGGAUUAAAUACGAUGACAUCUAUAAUGUGGCUCACAUACAGAGUAUAAGAUCCAUGGCACGUGGGGAAAAAAAAAAAGAGAGAGAGAAGGCUCUUUCCUUCCCUCCCCUCCCCAACCCAACCCUCAUGCCCAUGUAUGAAACACUACUUAAAAAUUUUCCUGAAAUACAUUUACAUGCUAGGGACAUGACAAAGCAUUUCAAUUUAAGUCAGAAACUCAUUUCUGAAUGCAUCACAGGAAUAUACCAGUAACAUUAUUCUAAUGUCUUAGGGUAUCCUCAGAUGACCUCAGAAAAGGGGAAACGAGGACUGUGAUGGCUCACCAGCACUCUUCGUGGAUCUUCGUUAAUGAGAGGACAUUCAUUACCGGAGUUCACUGUAGGCCACAUCUAUUCUUGAAGCUCUCACCCAUCCUCAGAGUAUGACUGAAACCCCCGGAUUGGGCUCACACGGUGACUGAUGAGUGCCUGAGUGAAUGGCCAUUCACUAUUAGAAGACACAGGCAGACACGGAUGAUCAACUUGACAAUCACUCUUCACAUCCUGUGACUUCAGUGCCAACAAGUCAGAUUAACAUGUUGCAGGCUAGGUUUUAUUAGCAGGGUUAUAUUAGACCCGUUGUUUCAUCUGAUACACCAAAAAUCAUCUUCAAAAGUUCCUCUGGGAACAACUUAAUUCUUUAUUGAAGACCUAUAACAUUUUUUAUGGGAACCAGAAAAAUCUGCAUAUUUUAUAUGGACAGACAGAAGAUGGAGAACCAAUUGUUGAAGGAAUGUUGGACAUUUCCUGGGGAGUAAAACGGCCUAUACAACUGAAAAUCCAAGAUGAGAAGCAAAUCCCUUCUUUUACUAAAGUGAAGUCACCAGAUGUCUUUUCCAAAAGGGGAAUGACACGCUGGGGAGAGUUUGAUGAUCUUUACCAUAUUAGUGAUCUGGACAGGACCCAGAUUCCAGCGUCUGAAGCAACAAAUUCCCAAGAAGGUCAUUUAUCUUAUCACAGUAGCACUCUGAAACCUUAUGCAAAAGAGGAGCCAGAAUCCCCACUGCUCUAUCGCACCAUGAGCGAAGCAACCCUGGUGAGAAAAAGGAUGAAGCCUCCAAUGAUGGACGGAAAAAAGUUACAGAAGCACAGGGCCUCUAUUAACGGGCACUUCUAUAACCAUGAAACAUCGAUUUUUACUCCAACCUUUGGAUCAGAAACUAAGGUCAGAAUAAACAGUAAUAUGAGGACUGAAGACGUAAUAGAGCAACUUCUCCAAAAAUUUAAGAUUGAAAAUAGUGCCCAAGAUUUUGCACUUUACAUUAUUUUUGCAACAGGAGAGCAGAGAAGGCUAAAGAAGACAGAUGUCCCCCUGCUGCAUAGGCUCCUGCAGGGACCUUCCAAAGACAAUGCUCGCAUUUUCCUCAUGGAGAAAGAUGCAGAAGAAAUUAGCAGUGAUGUGGCUCAGUACAUUAACUUUAAUUUUUCUCUGCUGGAAUCCAUCCUUCAAAGAUUAAAUGAAGAAGAGAAGAGAGAGAUCCAAAGAACAAUAACCAAAUUCAGUACAGAAAAGGCAAUUAUACUGAAAUGUCUUCAAAGUAAACGGGUAGGAAAAACGGAGACAGCGGUUUAGCAGCACAAGCUGCAAUUGCUAAAACACUUCAACAGAAUCAGAGGGAUAUUACUAUUUGAUGAAUGCGUGCAUUUGACCCUUGCAUGCAUACAAAUAUAUACGAACUUGAAUCUGUAGGAAAUUGAAUGUCGAAAAAGCUUGUCUCCCUUUGAAGUGAUGAGGUUAACUAGGGUUCACAGUUGCACUGAAAGGGGCUUGAAUUUAGUUUCAGUAACUGAAACAAGCUUGGAUACUGUGUAUUCCAAAUACUUUAAUAGUAAAACACUCAGCGAACUCGAAUCUAAAUGGUGUCUUCAUAUGUCCUGUAACUUAAGCUUCUUUUAGCUCAAACUGUCAAGAGAACUAGAGCAUCAUCAACUGAUUCUCAGAAAUGAUUCAGAAGUAGAAGUUGCCGGCUCUUGAAAUAAAAAAGAAGCACAUUCUCACCCUACCAAGGAAUCGGAGGGAGACGGUGUUUUGCAGCUCCCUGAAAACUCUAGCAUCUUUACGAAAUCCAGGACUGUCUCUAUAUGGUUGGUGGCUUUUGGCUAUCUGUAACAUUAGAGCUAUCUGUCCUUUGGGAUGGAAAAGCUUAUGGGCUCUGUUAAGAGAUCUAAAUUGCAAUUUUCUCAACCUGAGCCCUUUUAUACCCCACUCUGUUCUAUUCAUGACUUUCAAAAGUAUUAUUAAGCAUUUUUAAUGUCAGUUGAAGUAGUUUUCUUAAUUUUCCAAACAAGUAUGCCACAGAGAUUUAAUAUAUUUAAUCAGCUAGGACAAGAUUUGGCCCACAGUAACCAUUUGUUGCCAAAUGAACACAACGGAUAAUGCAGAACUUGUAGCUGAAGGUAGGCAAGGGAUCUGGAGUUCUGCUCUUUUUCUCCAAGACAACCCAGUCCACGAGACAACUCUCAAGGUACUUAAAAGUUGGCUGAAACCGAUUUGAAAACAAACAAACACUGAGAAUGCCCACAAGUAUCAUCUAUGAUUUUAUUUAUGAACUCUACGUUAGAAUGGAGUUUUAAGCAACACUGUUCAAUUCUCUAAACUAUGUCCAUUUGCAUUCCUCCUAAGCAUUGUAUUAAAUUGUUUGGGUAUAUUACAUGUACUAAGGGAGAAGGGUUGUAUGUAAUAAGCCCAAGUUGGAAGAUUAGUUAUCAAAAUUAAAAUGCGACACCUUUUUAAGACAAAGGUAUUACUUCUUAGUGGCACCAAAACCGAAACCUAAACCAGAUGAAAGUAAAAGUGGGCUAUGACCUUCAAGUCCUAGGAUAUCUUCUCUUGAGGAAAACAGAGCCUUGCUUCAUUAUCCUUCCAGCUAUCAGUUAAUAAGAAAAUGAUCUCAUCUUGCCAAAAUGGGGCAAAUGAAAUAGUUAAAAUUCAGUAUACUUAUAAAAAAUUUUAAGUAGUGUCAAGUGCCUGCCAUAAAUGACAGAUUAAUCAUUAAUAUAUUGAAAGUCUACAAGAUAUGUAAGAAAAAUACCAAGAUGUGGAUAGAAAAAAAAAAAAGAAACCACAUAAAAAGUAAAAUCACAGGAGAGGAAAUACAAAUAGCUACUGUGUGUGUGGGGGGGGGACUUGUAUCUUAAUGGUGAUCAACUGUAUUAGUCUGUGUCCAAUAAGGAGACAGAAACAGUAAUCUAAGCAGAAGUUUAAUAUAAAGAAUUGAGCUGGGAUGAUAGGAGAAUAGAAAGAAAGAGAGCUCUAAAGGGUACCCUAAGGCUGAGGAAGAGGACCCCAAAAAGGGGAAGUUUGGAAUCAGGAAUUCAGAAUUCACCAGAGAGGCUGUGGUUGCAGCCCAUGGUAGAGAAGUUUGCUGCUUGUCAGCACCACAGUCAUAGGACAAACGAGAACAGCCUUUUGGGGUGCGGAGCAGCUGGGGUAAGUGGACACAUGUGCAGAGGGCCUUGGGGAUUCUCCGCAGACCCAAGGCCCAGAUCACAUAAUGUCUGUGUCUGGAGGUCUGCGGGGAAGUUUGGAGGCCCAAAGAAAGAAUCGGGUACUGCUGCAGGUGUGCCUGGACUAGGAGCUAAGGGGGCUUCUUUUGCAGGAACCCAGUGCAACUCUGUGCAUGAUUUGGGCAGCAGCGUCUCCGAAGCUGUGUGGGACAGAAGCUGGGCAAGUGGCUUCCUAGAUGGCCACCCCGGGCAGAGGGGCAGGACUGUCUGUCUGUGAGCAAGCGCUGAAUUGAGGAGGUGGAGCAGAGAGCAGUGAUUUGUGCGAGGGCAUAGACCUAACACUCAGCUCCAGGCUAUGCCACCACAAACAAAAUAAAAAGCUGGAGAAGGGGUUGGGGACACAAAUGGGAAAGAAAGCUGCACAGGCAACUAGCCCUGGAGAAAGCACACUGGGCAAAGCAGUGGAGGAAAAAAGUCCACCUCCCAGAAGCCUUGCCAGUUCGCCCCGGGAGUCAGGAAAGCCCAAACUGCCUCCUACAAUGUUUCUUCAGCGCCCUCUACUGACGAAGCGCGACAUCAUGCAAAACUCAAAGGAAGCACAUUUAAAGGGUCCAUAUCCAUUUUUCACAGAACCAACAGCUGUGAGCCCAGAGUCAAUAAAAUACUUUUGGUCUAUUAGCAAAGAUUAAGAAAUGAUACUAAAUACUCAAUAAAUUACAAUGAGAUAACCACUGCAGCUACUGGUAGAAAUACAAAUGGAUAUAACUUUUCUUGAAAUCAAUGUGGUAGUUCAUCCUAUAAUUCAACUUAUAGGAUCUUAUAUUGAAAUAAUCAGGCAUGCAAAACAUUAUGCAAAGAUACUUAUUAUAUUGCUAUUGUGGUAAAAGGAAGAAAAUAACCUAAAUGAUCAAAAGUAGAAAAUGAUUAAAGGGAAAAACAUUUCCCCAAGAAUGGUAUGCAGCUAUUAGAAUUAUGUUUCCAAAUAAACUUUAAUUAUAGAAGAAAAUUCUUCUUCCAUAUCUAAGUAAGAAUAUACAUAAAAAUAUUCAAAAUAUCUCUUACCCAUAAAAUGUUUGUGUGUGUCUGUGUGUGUGUGUGUGUGUGUACACUACAUACAAACCAAAAAUACAUUAAAUAUGGUUAUAUCUGGGUUAUAGAAUUAUGGGUGAAUCAUUUAUGUUUCCAUGCUUAUUAAAUAUUCUAAAUCAACACGUAUUACUUUUCAAAUUUGGAAUAGAAAAGUUAUGAUUAGAAAGUUACCAACCAGGGGCGCCUGGGUGGCUCAGUCGGUUAAGCGUCUGACUCUUGGUUUCCACUCAGGUCAUGAUUGCAAAGUCAUGAGAUGGAGCCCCACAUUGGGCUCUGCAUUCAGUGUGGAGU